UAUUAUGUAUAUAUAUACUGUAUUAAAAACACACUACUCUUAUUCGUUUUCCUUUACUUUCUGCAGUCUCCAUUUAGGAUUUUGGGUGGUUACGAGUUAUCUUAGUUUUGUAUAUUGCGUAUAUGGCUUGCCCAUUUAGUCCUAUUUUAAUCGUAUUCGUACAUCGAAAUUAUGUACAAUUAAGGAUUUCAAAAUUAUUAAACCAAGCAUCCCUCGUCAGAUAUGUCUAAUAUAUGUGAAAUUGCACUCCAAACAAAAAACAAAGUGAUCUAAUUUAAUAUAUAUAUUCAACAGAAACUAUUAUUGGAAUGGUGUGUAAAUUGCCAACAUUGAAAUUAUUUGGAUGUGAUUUUUGUGAUGAAUAUGUUAAAACAGUCCCUGAUAAAAAUUAUUGCUUCCAUGUGGAUCAUUUGGUUGGUUGAUUGGUUUACAAACGUAAGAUCCAUACCAUAAUCGAAAAUACAAAAUGAAUUCGUACAUUAACACAUGUAAAUAUUGGGCUGUUGCUAUUCAUGAUGGGAGUAGAGUUACGACCUUUGUUAAACGGAAUAAAUAUGCAUUUUAUUCGAUACAUAUGACAAAAGCAUGAAGUAUAGCUGCAAUGGAACGCGGUCAGAUUCAUAUGUCAUCGAUCCAGCGCUAGGUAAUAUAAAAGACCCGUCCAGUUCGUUGCGACAUCAGUUCCAACUUCAAUAGAGAUCCGAGUGGUAACAAAAUUUUUAGCCGAACAAAAAUGAGCAGGACCAGCAUUAUCCUUGUUGCACUGUGCCUUGUUGCCAGCUGCAGUGCUGUCGACGAAUCCGAUGCUGUGAUUACCAAAUAUGGGUCACAGAUUAAUCUGGAUGGCAGCUACAGUUACGAAUAUGGCACCUCAAACAAUAUCCAGGGCCAGGAGACAGGCGUGGGAGGCUCCUAUGCUGCUGGAUCUGUGCAAUAUACUGCGCCCGAUGGGCAGCCCAUACAACUGCAGUAUACGGCUGAUGAGAAUGGAUAUCAGCCCAGAGGCGAUCAUUUGCCAACGCCCCCACCAAUUCCAGAUUACAUCUUGAGGGCAUUGGAAUACAUUGAGUCCCAUCCUUUCACCAGAGUUCAGUUGAAAAAAUAAGACUCUAAGAAGCUUAUGUA